AUGGAUCAGAGCUUUGGGGACGGUGGUAGGGCAACUUGGUCCUUGAAGGACAAAACCUACGACCCAGCUGUGCUGAAGGAACUGGAAAUCGAGUCAUUUUGUCAUCCGAUGCAUCACGGAUCGGGCUCUCACGAAAGUGCCUUACAUGGACCUGAUGAAAUUAUUUUGAUGAUUUUCGAAUGGCUCCCGAAACCCGUGUUGGCUUCGUGUGCCCGAGUGUGUAAGCGUUGGCGUCGACUCGCUUACGACGAAUCCCUGUGGCAAUUUUUCGACUUGGGCAGCCGGAGAGUGGAAUCAGGCACCGUGUCGCACUUACUUUCGCUUGGCUUCGCCGUACUGCGGUUUGCGUCUGCAGAAUUCGAGUCUCCCGUGAUGAGACCCCCGACUUGCAUCGGAACCCAGUCAAUGAACGAAAGCAAGCUUCAACUCCUGGAUCUCAGCAAUGCGACAAUUUCAGCGGAAGACCUCGCUGCACUCCUUUCGAUGUGCACUUCGUUGCGCAAAAUCAGCCUUAGCAUGUUGUGUGUGAACGCGGAUUCCUGCGCGGCAUUGGCAAACAACAGUCGUCUGGACACGCUCGACAUGAGCAUGUGCCACGAAAUCGAUCAAAGCAUUUCCCUGGUAUUCCAGUCGUGCCCACUGGAGUCGGUAAACAUUUCCUGGGCCAAGAUUAAGGACAUUUGUCGGGUACUCGAGUCUUUACCGGCGACGAUGAAGCGACUGAAUGUGGCGGGUUACCGACCCCAGUUCGGUGACGCGGAGGUUGGAGUCGUGGUGAAGAACUGUCCGGAUCUGGUGAAUUUGGACGUUAGCGAUAAUAUUCUCAUUACGGAUCAAGGCCUCCGGAGUAUCAUCUCGGGUUUGCCGCAGCUGGAAGAGUUGGGUAUCAGUCGGUGUUUGAAUUUGACCAACCGGGCACUCGGGGAAAUAACGAAGCUCAAGCGCCUUCGUUCGCUUCAAGCCUUUUCGUGCAUGAUUGAGUCGUCUGUGUUGAGAGAGUAUCUGGUUGCCUUGCCACACAUGACGCUGAAUAAGCACCCUUUCUCGACCAUUGCCCGACCGACUGUAGGAAAUAGGAGAACGUCGGUGUGGGGAAGUCGAACGCGAUGAAAAAUCCGUGCCUAGGCUUCUUAAUUUUCUGUUCACCUUUUUUUUUGUUUUUUGGAUGGGGUACUGUAAUGUAUGUUGGAAUGCAGCCUCUUGACGUUUAUUUUAUUUUGGUGCAUAAGUUUUAAAUUGCGAGGGUGAGGUUAGGAAUUCUGUGGAAGAAAAUAAUAGGCGGUCAUUCGAGCGUCAGGAGAAGAGAAAGAUUGUCACCUUUACCUAAUAAUUAAGUUUUACGAUCCAAGUUUCUCACUUUGAUUAAUGUCGGUUUAUAAGUGUUUUUAAAGUGGGGCCUCGAGAUGCGGACUUUAUUGGUGCGUGGACCUUGUCCGUAUGUCGGCACGUCCGCGUAAUUUAUCAUAUUUUCCCGUAGACUUCAAUGGGAACUUAAAUGGUUCUCCAGUUUUUAAAAAUUAGGAAGAAGUCCCCUCAUAAAGGAAAUACAAUGGUUUUCUCAAUUUAAAAAUGCAGAAAAUAAUUGUGCAGAAGAAACCCGCGCAGAAUUUGAUCUUUUAUGAGAACGAGCUCAAAAAGCAAAAAAGAAUCACACAAUUAUCCUGAUCUGGAUUAAGAUUGGAGUAAUUUUCUUAUUGUUUAUUUUGAAUUUUUGUGAGUACAGUAUAUAUAUUUUAAUUUGUCCUAGAAAUAUAAAAUUUUAAAUAAAAUUUACCGUUUCUCAAAAGAAAUGUUGACAAAACUUCUGUACCUCGAGACACUGACUGGAUGUUUGUCCUUUAUUUCAAGUUUUGUCCCGAAGUCGAAUAGUCCGUAUACUGUAUCGGGUCCCCACUGUGGACCACUGUUGAAAUAUCGUCACAAAAAACUGCCAAGUACCUACGUUUUUUUUUUAAAGAAUUUAAUGAGAAACUGGGUCCUUUUUAUCAAGUGAGGUAUUAAAUCAAAUGAUUUUCUGGCGGAAUUGAAAAUAAAUAUCAAAUACAGUAUGAUGAAAAAGUUUUUUUUAUAACUUUGUUACGAUAUCAGGUUGAUAGUGUUGCCAUCGUUUCGAUUGGGCACUUGGAAAUAUUUUUUCAGUGUUUCUGAUUUUGAUCGUCGUUGACGAAUUUUUGAGUUAAUGGUUUUAAAUUUCAAUAAUAUAGUGAGAUUUUAUCAUGGGUUGUUGAUGCCUGAAUGGCAGAAAAACACAAAAAGAAUAGAAUGACUGAGGGGAGGCUGUGUUGUAGGAAAGAAUCUACCGAGUUUGUUUUAGCACAUGCUGCUGUUUACGUCACAUUGUGGGUGCGUGAGGUUCUGAUCUAUGCCUUGUUGCUGUGAUUGGGUGUCAAGUCAUCUGAAGUUUGGGGUGGGACACUUUUUUCAUGGAUAUUCUUGUAAAGUUUUGGCAAAUUGAAAUACGCUCCAAUCCUUCUUUUCUGGGGGGGAUGUCACGUCAAUUUGUCCACUGCUGAACUGCGUCAGUUCAAAGAAAUUCCUUUUAGGGUGGGCGGGAUUUUGUGUCUGGUCCCAGUGUAAACAAGUUUUGUACAUCCUUUUUUUUUUAUAAGUUCUCAUAUUGUUAUAAAUGAUGCGUUCAGAU